GGCUGUGUGGUUUUGUUGUUGUUGCUGCUGCUGCUGUUAAAAGCGGCAGAGCAAGCGCAACAGGAGCAGCCGCGCCGAUCACUGUGCAAGAAUUAGAAGCAGCACAGGCAGAGGCCGUGGCAGAGGCAGAGGCGGCCGAAGACCAAGCAAAAGAUCGUUGUGGAAACUCGGCAAUAUAUAAAUACAUAUAUAUAUAUAUAAAAGCACACGGCAUUAACAAUAGCAUUAACAGUAACAACAAUAACGCAACAAGUCAACAGGUUGCAGACGUGGCUAAUUGCAACUUCUGUUUCCGUCUCGCCAUUUGCAGGGCCCAAAAUUAAUGGUAAUUUCAUGCUGUCAUUGCGCACAAAUCAACACGGCCCCCGAAGCGCCAGCAGAACAAAGCACAAAGUCAUCGCCAUCAAUGACCCCAACUAACUCGUAAAUGCAAAGACAACAGCAGCAACAGACGUCUUUUGUGAACAAUUGGCAUCUGUGAAGUGCAAUUGUCAGAGGAAACACGCAAGAAGCUAAAGCAAACAGAGACAACGAGUAAAAGAGAGAGAGAGAAACAACUAACCAGAACGAGAUAAACAACAAUAUAGUUGCAACAAUGGCGCACUCGAAGGUCAUACUAAAGAUUCUGUUCUCGCUGUGUGUGUGGUCCUUUAUUAUCAUUGGACUGUUCAAGAUGCAUGGCACGAAUCUGGUGCCACAGGACUAUCGGCAGGUGCCGCAGGACUAUCAGCAGCUGCCACUCAACGGCCGCAGUCUGCUGCAAAAGGAUAUGCUGCGCUAUGCAGAGACCACAUCCACCACAACCGAUCACUUUGAUCCCAGCGAGAUACUCGUCGACAAUCGCACAGCCAUGGACGAUGAUCAGCUGGUGCGCGACGUGGAGUCCCGGAUACCAUCCCUGCCGAUCGCCUACUGGAGCAAGAACAAAAACUUUCUGCAGCAGAAAUCUGCGACAUGUGCCAAAUACCCAUCGAUCUUUGAGCUCGAGUUCAACAACAUCUAUUGGCAGACGCUGCGCACAUCGAAUGGAACAUUUCAGCUGUUUGGCGCCUACUAUGACAUUCGACGCACUUCGCUCCUGGGUCCGACAGUGCGCAUUCUGGGCAUGAUCGAUCGGAUCGAGCCAAAGGUCAAGACCUACUGCCAAUUCUGGUUUGAUGGCCAGAAGGAGCCGUUCAUUGUGAAGACGUUCGAGUACAAGUAUAUAUGGUACAACAAGUGGGGCAACUACAAGCAGGGCAUUUAUCAGCCCUAUCUGAUUGCCUGCCAGAUACCCAAGCCCUUUCACGGCGUGGUCCCCAGCUCCGUGUCAAUGGUGGAGAAGGAGUGCGACACGGCCACCAACAAUUUGCGGGUCAUUUACAAUCGGCCGCCCGAUGAUCACAAGAAGGGUUUCGCCGUCUGCGUGAAGGGUCUGGACUUUUUGUACGAUGAUCUGAGCGUGCGGCUAAUUGAAUGGAUCGAAAUGCUUAACAUCUUGGGCGCCGACAAGAUCUACUUUUACAAUUUGCAAGUGCAUCCGAACAUUACCAAGGUGCUUAGCCAUUACGAGCAAGAGGGCAAGGUGCAAGUGAUACCAUUAACCCUGCCCGGCGGCCAGCCCAACGUGCCCGGCUUCCAGCAUCUCUAUCUGACAAAGAAGACCAACCACAAGCGACAGAACGAGGUCAUACCAUACAAUGAUUGCCUGUACAAGAAUCUAUAUCUGUACGAUUAUAUAGCGCUCCUGGACAUUGACGAGGUGAUCAUGCCCAAGGGCAAUUCGAUUUUGUGGUCCGAACUGAUGGCCAAGGUGCGUCCGGAGUCACUCAAGUUCAAGCCCGACGGCUAUCAUAGCUACAAUUUCCGAAACGUUUACUUCCUGGACGACCAACAGCACGAGCAUGGCUGGCACAAGGAUAUACCCAAGUAUAUGCAUAUGCUGCAGCAUGUGCAUCGUGCCAAGAACUACACGAAGCCCAAUCAGUAUGUGAAAUGCUUUCACGAUCCGGAGCGUGUGCUAACCCUGCACAAUCAUUUUCCGCUGAGCUGUUUGGGUGGCGUUUGCAAAUCGUAUCCGGUGGAUACGCAGGAUGCACAGCUGCAGCAUUAUCGCGCCGACUGCGUGAAGACGCUGAAGAAGAGUUGCGAGGAGUAUCGCGAGAAUUCGGUCGAGGACAAGACCAUUUGGAAAUACAAGGACGAGCUCAUUAGACGCACCAUUAAGACGCUCGAAACGCUGGGCUUCUUUAGGCGCAGCGGUGGAGGCGGCGGCGGUGCUGGAUUUGGCGGCAGCAGCAGCGGUCUCGGAGGUGGUGCCACAACGCACUCCACGGAGCGGUGAUUCGAGCUACUUGGCGGCUGGUCAUGGCCCUGGCUGCCAGUGGCGCCCUAUAUGGAACCAGCAGCAGUUGGUGCAAUGGGCAACGAGGAGUUUUUUGUUUAGUGAGCGCGUAAAAGAGAUAGAGAGUAAGUUAGCACGGGAGACAGAUAGAGAAAGAAAG